AUGAGAAAUUUAAAUAUAACCCAUAAAUUCUUACAUCAUCAAAAAAAAAAAAGAAAAAGGAAAGAAGGUGAUAUAAAAUGGUGUAAACUGAAGAGAACAACUACACAUAAUAAAUGA